AUGGACACAAUUAGUGCCAGCAAGGCCAUCGACGAAAUGCAGCUGCGGAAGAAUGCUAUGAAUCAGAGUACUGCGUCCAAAGAAGGGGUUAUGAACAGUGCGGCGCCAAGGCAAUAUGGCGUCCUGAUCCUUCGCCUGCUGAUGAUGAUUGUAUUCGCAUCCCUGUUGUCAGGACUAGCAGCGCUGGCAUACGUUGUUACGAGCAGGGCGGCUGAGAGGUCGUUGACUGAUCUGGCAGAAGACCUUGAGCAGGAGCUGCUGGAUCGUUCAGCUGAUAACUUCCUGGGUUUGUUCAAUGAGGGGCAGGCAUGCUUGCAAGCUCUUGCAGGAAACAUUGCAGUCCUCAACAACAACGUGAAAAUGGCAAACGUUUCACAGGGUACCCGCGCAAUGAUGGUAUACCAGUCGACGCUGAGCACCAUAAUGAGCUGCAAGGUUGCCGACGUUGUUGGGUUCGUACAACAAAAUGGAUUGCACAGUUUUCUGAGCCGUCCCACCAACUCUUCAGACUCCUUGGCAAACUCAACGUUCCUUCUAACUUUCAACAACCAGACUGUACCCGAGGGUCAAGAGGUGCCACAGUAUUCCACGGUUGUGGAUGCAACCACUGCUUACCCCCUGUAUGGAAUGGAAAGCGUAGUCGCUCUAGCUCCCCUAGACUUCCGGACUCGAGGCUGGUAUAUGCAAGCUAUGACAUCCUCUAGAGGGUUGGGGAUGCAAAUCCUCGUCGGUACUCUCGGGAAGCCGAUUCUCGUCAUGAGCCGGGUAGUGGUGCAAGAUACAGGCGAAGCAAUUGGGGUUGUUGCCAUCACGCAAUAUUUGACCAGCAUCGAUCAGCGCGUGCGCCAGUUCAAUCUUAGGGGUGGGGUGCUGUUCUUCACAAACGGGACGUUUCUGGUUAGCGAUUCCGUGGCAGACAACGACAGGCCUAGCACGGCCUCUCGUCACCUCCUGCGGCCAAAUGAGUCGACGAGUGUCGUGGUCCAGCAGGCCGCUGAGAUUGAUAGGUCUGGCAGGCUUGGUAACAGCACAGCCGUAGUGACUAUAAUGGGAGCUCCCUACUUUCUGAAAAAGCAAGCGGUAAAGCUACAAGACGUCACCAUCUGGGAGUAUCUAGCUGUCCCGAAGAAAGCAGUCAUGGGACAUAUCGACUCCAGCUCCCAAUAUGUGAAGGUCGUAAUCAUCUCCAGUACAGUAGCGGUGGUGGCAGUCGGGGGCCUCUGCGUUUUUCUCUUCACGAAUCCGAUCAACAAGGAAAUGCAGCUCAAAGCACAGCUUAUCGCGAAUCUAGCAGCUAAAAGGCGGGCUGAGAUGCGAGACGAGUUUAAAACCAGGUUCCUAGCCAGUAUGAGUCACGAUCUGAGGAACCCGUCCGCAGCAGUGUUGGGUUUGCAUGACGCCCUUCUGGAAACGGGUCUCGACGAAGAACAAGUCAAGCAAGUGAACCAGGCCAAGGGCUGUGUUGAGCACCAAUUGAACCUCCUAAACGAAUUAUUGGAUCUCAGCAAGAUAGAAGCUGGCAAGCUGGUGCUGGACGAGGCUCCCUUUGCUCUCAUUGAAAAUAUAGAGUCGUUGGCGGAUGCAUUCAGCACUCAGUGUGCCAAGAAGGGCUUGGAAUUGUGCCUCGACAUUCCAGCCGGUGUGCCUCAUACCGUGUUUGGCGACGCCACGCGUACCCGGCAGAUCUUUUCAAAUCUUCUGAGCAAUAGUAUCAAGUUCACCAAGGCCGGCUACGUUCUGAUCCGUUGCACUCUGAGGACCAGCGCGGCCGCGGCCGCCGAUCCUCCGGGCGUCUCUUCUGGCGCACUCAGGCUCCAGUUCGAAGUCGAACACACCGGCUGCGGCGUUCCCCGGGAAAAGCGCGAGCUGGUGUUUCUAGACUACUCACAAGCGGACGGCGGUGCAACCACGCAGGCAUACGGCGGCACGGGGCUGGGCCUGGGGAUUGUGAAGAAGCUGGUGCAAAGCAUGGGGGGCCAGAUCGCGAUCGUCGACAAGGACUCCCCGGGCUGCUUCAUCCGCUUCGAUCUGACGUUCCAGACGAAGCCACGUGGCACGUCCGUGCUAAGGUCGCAGAGUCUCCGGGCCCCCUCGGCGCUCUUACGCAGCCCGAGCCGCGUCGCGCGGUUUGGCGCGGUCAACAUCGUCCUGGCGAAGACGCACUUCCUGACCCGGUCGGUCACGGCGCACACUCUGCGCGAGCUCGGGGCGAUGGUCGUCGAGGCGUCGUCUUGGGAAGAGGCCCUGGUGGCGAUCCAAACGCUCGCGCGCGACAGCGAUCUCAGGUCGACCCCGGUGCAAGCCCCCGGGGCAAAUCUGUCCCCAGAGGACGCCGUUCUCAGGCGACCGAGCGUGCUCAGAAGCUCCCAGGAGUCGGUCCACUCGGACGAAGAGCCGCUGGAUCUGGGGCGCCCGGUAUUGUUCAAGCCGCGGCUGUCUAGUAGAGACGUCGAGGUUGACCCGGCCACGCCCGGGGCACCGCGCGCGGAGCACUUUGAGUUUGACUGUGCGAUGCUCGAGCUGUCGAUCGUGCCCGGAGCAGAGGACCCCGAGCGCCUGGAUCAGGAGCUGCGUCGGCUGAAUGCGGUUUUGGAGACUGACGGAGGAUCGAGCGGCGCCAUCACCAUCUUCUGGAUUGUGCGGAGCAAUACCCCUGCGGCCACUCGGGGCAUGCUCAAGGCCGUGCCCUCGGCGCACGUGGUCUACAAGCCGCUGUACCGGUCCAAGCUAGAGCACCUACUCUACUCGGUAGCAGCGUCCCGGGCCGAUCCCCAAGAGCCGUUCACCCCAAUCCCCGGCCCGCACGUGACCCUCGAAAACCGAGGAGACGCAAGCUCUUUCUCCGACUCUGAAAACGGCGACGCGCCGUCGCCAGGUGUCGGAAACAGCCACGUGGCGCCUUCUGAUUCGCAUCAGGGCUCCACCGAGCCGAGCCGAGCCUUCGACGGCCUGUCUGCGCUCCUGGUGGAGGACAACGCGGUGCUCGCGCAGCUCGCGCGGAGAAGCUUGGAGAAGCUGGGCGCGCGUGUAGAAACGGCAGGCGACGGGGAGGAAGCCCUGGCGGUCCUUUUCGAUGCAGAUGGAGCCCGCCGAAAGAAGUUUGACUUCAUCCUCAUGGACUGCCAGAUGCCGAUCAUGGACGGGUACGCAGCGACCAUUCAAAUCCGGCGAAUCGAAUCGGCCCAACUUGGCCAUACUCCCGUUAUCGCUCUUACUGCGAACUCGGGCAAGGACGAUCUGGACCGGUGCAUCGUCUCCGGCAUGGAUGCUGUCUUGACCAAACCGGUAAAGAAGUUGGAGCUGGUAGAAACCGUGUUGCGGUUCCGAAAGUAG